AUGCCAUCAGGCACCCUCUGUGGCUCUCAGUCUCAGUCACAGAAGUUAUCUAAGCCUUACUCUGCCACAAUACCUGCCACAAUACUUGCCACGAUACCUGUCACAAAUCCCGCCAUUACGCCCGCCACAUUAUCUGACACGCAGCACGCAGAGCGGCUGGAACAGUUUACGGGAAAUGGAGCUGGUUCAACCUCACCGCCGGAUUCAUCCACGUCACGCGGAUUCAGCACUAUUGAUGCCUCAAUUGAUGCGCUCUUUUCCCCAGAGAAUGCCUUGACUUGCACAUCGACAUCCGGUAUAUCUAGCUCGGACCAGGGUUGGCAAGAAUUUCUCCAACCGGCAGACGAACAGAAUAGCAUUCCGAUCGACCCACUGAUCCUCACCAACAAUGGCUUCUGGGAGACAGAAGAUGAACGCCUGCAUAUCCAUACGGACGGCGAUGCCGUCGUUUCGGAAACGUUUUAUCAAUAUCCUGACCCUCCACCACUUCUUAGCGACAUGCAUGUCGAGAAAAGAAACUCUAACGCAUAUCCUGAAGCGCAGGAAGGAAACUGUCAGUCGGACAGCACCCUACACGACCAGUCACACGUACAGAUAUCUGCAGACGAUAGCCCCAAUUCCCAUACUCGUGCGUCCAGCAACGCCCUCGAGGUCCCAACAAGCGGCGAACAGUCAAAAUGCCGCAAGCGAAAGGUGCAACAGUCGCAUGGACAACCACAACUGUGCAAACGGGCCAGAGGUUCUUCCGUCGCCGCCUCGGAGAAUAGUUCUUUUUCAUCGCUUUGUUCUCACUUCACAUCUGUAUCGGCUGAUGAAAGCUUGCAAUUUCUUUCGUGGCUGUUCGAAGGUGCACUGCUACGCUGUUUAUCCGAAUCCGAUUCAAAAAUACCUGAAUGCAUAGUACGGCCGGCACAUCGCUUGGCUCAGCCAGCUGAUUUUACGGAGGGCAGUGGAGCCUCCCGGAAAGGCAAGCCGUGGUCAUCUGAAGAGGCAAACCUUCUACUGAGGUUGAGAAGGGACGAGAAACGACCUUGGUCGGAUGUGACAAGGAUUUUUUCGGACCAAUUUCCGGGCCGGAGCCAGGGCUCCAUUCAAGUAUUUUGGAGUUCGACCCUCAAGAUUAGAGCAUAA